AUGGCAAAAGGUAAAAACAAGAAGAAACAGAAUGGAAAGGACAACGGGAGUGCUGCAAACGGCACCGAAAAGAAGCCCGAACAACCAGAAAUCCAGCCAGAUACUCCUGUGGAAGAGGACUCCAUUCCAAGCCAAAGUGAAGAACUAGUCAAGGAAGAUUUGAAACAGGAACCAGAAACGAAUACAAUUGAGGAAGAGGCUAGCGAAGUCAGUACGGACCCUGUUUCAACUAGCCAUUCUGACGAGAAAGAUAAACUCAUUGAAUCUUUGCAACAACAACUCAAAGCCAAAGACGAGAAAAUUGCUCUUUUGGAGUCAAACGAUGUUGCUGCAGAGUUGGAGAAAAAAGUACAGGAAUGCGAAAAGUAUCAGUCGAGCUACCAGGCUCUUUUGAGCCGGUUGUCGUCCAUGAAGUCGGUAUUCCAGAAAAUGAAGGAAUCCGAGAUAGAGCUAGAAAAUACACAAAGCGAGCUGGCGUCUUGCAAAGAGACAGUGGAGCAACUGCAAAAAGAUAUUGUCGCGAAGGAUAAGGCCAUUGAAGAUCUGAAUACAAGUGUCAAGUCUCUAAAAGAAGAAGCAGAGGGGCUAAACAGGGAAUGCGAUAAAUUAUCCAAAGAUUAUACCCUUUUGAAGAAAAAUACCGAGCUUAAGGAAGAUGAGCAGGUCCUCGAAAUCAAGCGCUUGGAAACAUCAAACAGAAAACACAACUUGGAAAUCAAGGAGCUCAAAUCGGAGAUCGAGGAAUAUUUGAUUAUUGUCAACGAGGAGAAGAUCUCGAAGCAGAACCUGUUCCACGAAGUGAAUGAGGUAAAGGCCAGAAACGAAGCCUUGGUCUUGGACAAUGAAAAUUUACAAAAAGAUAGCGACGGCCUACGUUCCACCGUCAAUAGUCUUGAGUCAAAAAUAGCCGAGCUCACCAGCGCUUUUGAAGGUGAAAAGCAUAAUUUACAACAUCAAAUUGAGGUGAAUAUCACCAAGGCCUCCGAAAUAGAGGCACAAUUACAAACAGCGAACGCAAAGCUUGCCGACGCGGACCAGAAGCUGACUCGCAUGUCCGACCUGGAGAAUGAACUGAAACAGAAACAACUCACCAUUGGAAAAUUGAGACACGAAACGAUUGUUCUGAACGAACACUUAAUGAAGGCGAUGAAACUGGUGAAGAAAGAGUCCACCACAGAGACCGUUGAUAGAGAAUUGAUAUCGAACUUGUUGAUAUCGUUCCUACAGCUACCGAGAGCAGAUGCCAAGAAGUUUGAGGUUUUACAAUUGAUUUCGAACUUCCUCAACUGGGACGACGAGAAGAAGCGACAUGCUGGAUUAAUGUCCUCGAACUCGAAAACCAACUCAAGCAGUAUUCUUAAUGUGCCGACUACACCAAUAGCCGAAAACACGUCGCAGCGCUCGGGCCAAUCGUUCGUGUCUUUAUGGACCGAAUUUCUAGAGAAGGAGAGCACUCCAAACAACAAGUAA